AUGUCUACUCAAGCCUCGAGCAGUAUUCUUUUCACCCACUUUCGCCCCCAGGAAGGCUUCCGGUUGCUAGAGCUGACCCCGGAGCUGGAAGAACUACUGACAUCGAAAGAUGCACCUGUACUCGAACUCAAGUCGCCCUCUACAGCUCUCGCACAAGCAGUAGUCGACCCCACCGCCAACGACUACGUCAACCUAUGCACACCAACGCAAACCUACCGCAUCCGCCAAGUCCAAUCCUCAAACUCUCUACACAUCCUCCGCCCAAGCCACGGCGAGAUCUCCCAAGCAGACAUCAAAGUCGUUGAAGAAGAAGCCGGCGAAAGCGGCGCAUUGAACCUCCCAGAUGAAGCUGUAACGGCCGUUGCGAAGUGUUCCUCGACACUGGAACUGCACAUCCCGCCGGGAGGAUUCUCAGCCAUCCCGUUCCUAGAGAAGAGUCUGCGGCUGUAUGACCGGCGCAGCGACGAUGACGGGGACAUAGCGAUGGGCGGUUCUGCUGACUCCACAAGCCCGCUGGGGUUCAAGGAGAUGCGCACUGUCAGGGAGAAUGUGUGUCAGGAUAUCCCUGUGUCAACGGCACAGUGCGAACAGGGCUGGAUGCAGCUUUGUGCGUUUGUGGAUGGGGCCGAGGAGGUGGCGUGUUGGCGGCCCUCCGCGCGGUCUCGAUUGACUGUUUGGAAGCGGUUAGUCGAGGGCGCUGUUUUGCAGGGUAUUGAUCUUGAGAAGCAGUUUCUCGUUGGGGACUUGUGGAAGUCUGUUUUGGAUGAUGAGGAGGAAAUGGAGCCGCCGUUCCCACGUGGAUUGCUGGAAGCUGUUGUGAGGCGCAUCUGCAUCGCAGAUGAGCGGCCGCCUUUGGCGGAUGAUAUCAAAUGGGCAAGCUUUGAUAAGAUUGAAUGUACGCAAUGGGUUGGCGAGACAUACUUGGCUGCUGCCGCUCCGACUGUGUCGUCUGCUAUUGGAAGAAGUGAAUUCCUUCGCGCAUGGAAGGACUGUCUGCCUGAGACAUGGAGAAGAGAGGCAGCCCUGUCAAAACUGCCGAAUGGCUGCUACAACAGUCCUGACCCUACGACUAUCUGCUUCGUUGAACCCUCGCAACGGCAGCCAACCAACAAAACCGCCUCUGCACCAGCCACAGCCGCGAAAGCUAAGAAUACCAGAAAUUGGCAUGAACUACUCAAAGGCCACCGUUGA